AUUUAUGUGUCUUUUUUAAAUGACAUUUGCGUUCGAGGUUAUGUUUUGUUUAUAAAGACGAGUCCUCAAUAAAUCUUGAAAAAUAACUUAAAUAAAGGCUUAUUUUGUGUUAUAAAUACAGAAUUAUAACCAUAAAUUGGAAUCAUGCUUGAUAAAAUUCUUUAUAACACAGUGUUAUCCCAAACACUCUCUCCUUGCGGAAAGUAUUUGAUCGCCGGCAAUAUUUACAGUCAGUUGGCUGUUUAUGAUUUGGAUCGAAUCCUCAAUCCUGUGGUGGAGCUUCUCACAUCUGAUUACAACAAGCCGAAACACAUUCACACUCUUGAGUCUGGGCACCAAAUAUGCAGUCUAGCGAGUACAGAAAAGUUUUUAAUAGUUGGAACAGUAAAUGAAAUAUCAGGUUGGGAUUGGAAGAGUGCAGUUAGUUCAAAACUGAGUAAACCUUCAUGGAGUAUAAGAAUACCUUCUCGUUCGUCUAUGGAACAGACUGAUGUGAACAGUCUGUGGUUAUCUGAAGAUGAAUCGAAGCUGUAUGCUGGUUGUGGAGAUAACAAUGUGUAUGUUUUUCAUUUGGAAGAUGGGAGGCUAGUGUCCACGUUCAAGGGACACAAUAAUUUUAUCCAUGCUAUAGAUGGAAGGCACCAACAAUUAAUCACAGCCAGUGAGGAUGGGUGCGUGAUGCUCUGGGACACUCGUACCAGCUCCAGCCACAACAAACUGGAGCCACAUACUAACAGCAAAGUCAGCCGACCUGAUAUUGGCAAGUGGGUGGGAUCUGUGGCUCUCGGAGAGGACUGGAUUGUUUGUGGUGGCGGCCCACGCCUCGCCCUCUGGCACCUGCGCUCAUUGGAUGCAGUCACAGUCUUCGACAUUCCUGACCAUGGCAUCCAUGUGUCCUUCUUCUACGACGACAGUGUCUUCGCAGGAGGAGCAGCUAAGCACUUCUACCAACUCAGUUACUCUGGAGAAGUGAAGGUGGAACUACCAGUGUCUGCAACCACAGUAUACUCAGCAGUCCUAAGAACAAAUCCCAAGGUUUUGGCCAUCGCUGGCUCCAGUCCAGAGAUAGAUCUAUGCACCACUUUCAACUACAGAGACCAAGUCCUUCAUUUUCGAUAGGUAAGCUAUUUAGGUAAUAUUUCUUGACAAAUAAGUUAAUUUUAUAAUCAAAGACAAUCAAUAAAUGAAUGACUUCAACAAAA